AUGGACCACAUAGAGGCCUUUGAGAGGAUCUGCAAUUUCUCUCGCUCAAAUGGAGUGCCACCGGAUUACGUCAAGUGCACGCUGUUCCCAUUUUCUCUUGAAGGGAAAGCUGCACGUUGGCUGCAAUCUCUCCCAACCGGUUCUCUAACCUCAUGGGAUAAGGUUCGAUCAGCAUUCCUGAGCCACUUCUACACAAAGUCCAAAACCGCGGCUCUAAGGCAUAGAAUCUCCAACUUCAAGCAGAAAUCUGAUGAACCCUUUUAUGAAGCUUGGGAGAGGUAUAAAGAGUACCAGAGGGAAUGUCCACACCACGGGUUUGAUGACGAUUACAUAUUGGAGGUGUUCUACGAUGGAGUGAGCUAUGAGUACCGGAACACCCUUGAUUCCUCUAGUAACGGAGACUUCAUGACUCAGACCACCCCUGGUGCAUUCGCGCUGAUUGAGAACAUGGCUUCCAGUUCACUCAACAAGAACAAGGAGCAUGAUCGCUCCAAAAGUGUGAACAGCAUAGACGAUUUAGCGGCGAAGGUGGACCAACUGCUGAAGGGAAACCAGAGCCAGGUCUUCAUAAUGGAAGAAGCAACUCCUGAGAAGAGUGCGGGGGACAAGGCGUUUGAAGCUGAGCAGGCAGGAGACGAUCAGCAGGAAGUGAGUUACGUAAAUGGACAAGGGUGGCAGCUGAAGAAUUAUCACCCAAACCCUAACGUAAGAAACAAUCCACAACUUUUCUGGCCUAAGCAGGACAAACAAGUUGAUCCGGCGCAGAACAACCAGGGGCAGUAUUCGGGAUAUCAGAAGAACUAUCAACCCCGAACAUAUGUUCUAAGCCAACCACAGAGCAAUCAGCCUCAAAUACAGAACCACCAGAACACUCAAGUCGCUACCUCCACCCUUGUCGCUGUUCCGCAAGAUGAAACUAAAACCAUGCUGCAGCAACUCCUCCAAGGACAACAGCUCCAAGGGAAAGCGCUGAACCAGGUCACUACCGAGAUCAAUACUAGGAUGAACCAUAUGUUCGGAGACCUGAGCACCAAAUAUGAUAAUGUCGCAAGCCAUAUGAGACAGAUGGACAUUCAGAUAGCUCAGACUGCCGAGAGUGUCAAGAGACAGCAAGGUACUCUACCUGGUAAAACAGACAAAAACCCCAAGGAGUGCAAUGCGGUUCAGCUAAGAAGCGGGAAGCAACUUUCCGAGCCAGAAAGGAGAAGGUUCACCGCGGCUGAGAAAGGCAAGCAGAAAGAGUCAGAGCAACCACCAGCCGACCAAGCAGAUGAGGGGAAUACAGAGCCGGUAGUUGAAACAGCCUCGCCACGCUCAGAACAAUCGGCUUAA